UAUUCCAGGCACCCAUCGAAAUGUUUGCAGGUCGGGCGUGCUAAAGGAGCAGUACGAGGCGUGCCGCGCGGAGGUGAACCGCGCCGACGAGGAGGCGCAGUUCUCGUACCAGAAGAAGAAGGGCGUGGCGGCCGAGCGCAAGGAGGCCAAGUUCGAGAAGGAGGAGGCCGAGAAAUAUACGCGCCUCAAGCAGGAGCUGCAAGAACAAAAGGUGGAGCUCCAGCUGUUCCACCUGUACCACAACGAGAAAGAGAUCCAGGGCUACGAGGAGGAGCUUCAGCACAAGCAGGCCGAGCUGGCCAAGGCCGAGAAGCGCCGCGCCAAGCAAGACGACGCUCUCAAGGACAAGAAAAAGGAGGCUGGAGCCGUGCAGCGCGAGCUCGCUAAGAUCGACCAGGACAUCCGCGAAGUGGAAGCGGAGAUAUCCAAGAAGCGGCCGACGUUCAUCAAGGCGAAGGAGCGCGUCACGCACACGCAGAAAAAGCUGGAGAGCGCCAUCAAGACUCUGGAGCAGGCGCGGAAGGCGCACGAGGCGCACCAGGCCGACAUCCGCAAGCUGGAGGACGAGCUGCGAGAGGUCGAGGAGCAGAAGGCCGCCUGGGAGCACACCGCCGGCGCCGGCACCGCGCGCCGCGCCGACGUGCACCUGGAGGAGGCACAGAUCCGCGAGUACGAGGAGCUGAAGAUGGAGGCGUCGCGGCAGGCGGCGCGCUACCUACAGGAGCUGGACUCCGUGAACCGCGAGCAGAAGGCCGACCAGGACCGCCUGGACAACGAGCUGCGCCGCAAGGGCGAGUUCGAGAACAAACAUCGACAGAAGGGCCACGAACGUAACGAAGCAAUGAAGAGGGUGGAAAAACUAAACGAGCACAUCAAGAGCUCGGAGCAAGCGUUGGAAGAGCAGCGGCGAUUGAGGGCCGAACUACAGGCCGACGUGGGCGAGUGCCGCGGGCGCGCGGCCGAGCUUCAGGCGCAGCUGGAGGACGUGGCGGGGCAGCUGGGCGACGCGCGCGUCGACAAGCACGAGGAGGCGCGCCGCCGCAAGAAGCAGGAGAUCGUCGAGAGCUUCAAGCGGGACAUACCCGGCGUGUACGACCGCAUGAUCAACAUGUGCCAGCCGACGCACAAGCGCUACAACGUGGCCAUCACCAAGGUGCUGGGCAAGUACAUGGAGGCCAUCGUGGUGGACACUGAGAAGACGGCGCGCCGCUGCAUCCAGGUCCUCAAGGAGCGUAUGCUGGAGCCCGAGACCUUCCUGCCGCUGGACUACAUCCAGGCCAAGCCGCUGCGAGAGAGGCUCAGGGACAUCAAGGAGCCCAAGAACGUGAAGCUGCUGUUCGACGUGCUGCGCUUUGAGCCGCCCGCGAUCCACCGCGCCGUGCUGUUCGUCACCAACAACGCGCUGGUCUGCGAGACGCCCGAGGACGCCUCGCGCGUGGCCUACGACCUCGACCGCAUCAAGAACUCGCGCUACGACGCGCUAGCUCUGGACGGCACGUUCUACCAGAAGUCCGGCAUCAUCUCCGGCGGCUCCUUGGACUUGGCGCGCAAAGCCAAGCGCUGGGACGAGAAGCACCUUUCACAGUUGAAGGCCAAGAAGGAAAAACUGACAGAAGAACUUCGCGAGUCUAUGAAGAAAUCGCGUAAGGAGUCAGAGCUGACGACGGUAGACUCGCAGAUCCGCGGUCUCGAGUCGCGUCUCAAGUACGCCAUCACCGACCGGGACACCACGUUGAAACAAAUAAAAGCUCUCGACGCGGAGCUUGCAGAGCUUGAAAGGAAAAUGGAUAAUUUUGGUCCGCAAAUCGAGAGCAUCGAGCACACGAUCCUGGAGCGCGACGCCAAGAUCCAGCAGGUCAAGGAGAACAUGAACAACGUCGAGGACGUCGUCUUCCGCGGCUUCUGCAGGGACAUCGGCGUCGCCAACAUCCGGCAGUACGAGGAGCGCGAGCUGCGAGCGCAGCAGGAGCGCGCCAAGCGCCGCAUGGAGUUCGAGGCGCACAUCGACCGCAUCGCCUCCAACCUCGAGUUCGAGCGCUCGCGCGACACGCAGAGUGAGUACCCGCCUGCUGACGUAGCUGCAGGAGCCGCAUGGAGUUCGAGGCGCACAUCGACCGCAUCGCCUCCAACCUCGAGUGCCGCAUGGAGUUCGAGGCGCACAUCGACCGCAUCGCCUCCAACCUCGAGUUCGAGCGCUCGCGCGACACGCAGAGUGAGUACCCGCCUGCUGACGUAG